AUGUCUGCAGGCUCUCUGCUAUUAGUGAUGGUGGCAGCCCUGGCUGUGGUGGGGAGCCUCUCCUGGCUCUACCUGCCUUAUGUCACAGAGACCCUGGUCAGACAUGCUGAGGUGGUUGCUCAGCCCAGGGUCUACGCUGUAGAGUGUUCUGAGGACUAUGAGAACUACAAACGCUACCCAGGAUGCACAGCCGUCACAGACAACUCAGUGACCAGGGAGGAGGCCAUGGCCCUCAGUUCGGUUGGCGAGAGGGGGGCCUGUUCAGAUGGAGGGGCUUCCAUCCUAUCCCUGCACUCUGGGGCUCUGUCGAUGGGUAAGCAGUUUGUCAACAUCUACAGGCACUUUGGGGAGCAGAUAAUGGAUGUAUUCUCUGAAAAGGACUUCCGACCCUACAGGGAGGUGUGUGGUCUUAUCCAGGCAGAGACGUUUGACCAGGACCCUUCUCUUCUGUACCUCACCAAGCCCACCUUCUUCUCACACAUCAACAGCACACUGGCCAAGACACAGCAUGACGAGCACUGGCACCUUCACAUAGACAAGGGUCUGAGAAGACAUUAA